AUAAUUUAAGUUUCACGUCUUGUUCAUUUUGGUGUCUCACUGGAUUAUUGGAUUAUUUCAACUUCAUUUUUUGUAAUUAUUUUUUUCCGUAAUAACGACAAUAUUGUCGUCUAAUUUAUUUCUGUUCUAUUUCCGUAGACGUUGUUAUUCGGUUUUCCAAGACUAUUUUUGUUAAACUGUAUACAAUAUUACGGUAUACGUAUAUACAUUGUUGAUUUUUGUUCUCGAGAUCUUGUUUCGUUUAGACUGCUAAGUACUUUUUAUUGUUAAAUAUUACUCUGGAGAAACGGACAACGGCCUUACACUCUUUUUCUCGUUUGUUCAACAUCGUUAUUAUCUAUUGAAAAUGGCGACUGGCAUCAGACGUGACUUGCACUUGAGACAAGACAAAGUUUAUAAUGAAAAUAAUAUUCCUAAAGGAGUUAAAGAUUCUAAAAGCAGUGGUUUAAUAGCUCCAAGAAGAGCUGUAUUAAAUGACUUAAGCAGUAAUUUGCAGAAUAAUCAGAAUGUUAAUCAAAAAGGAAAGAUUACAAUAACAAAACCUACUAUCCAAAUAACAAAGCCUACUACAAGACUUGCUUCUAAUUUAAAUCGUACUACAACUUCCGUUGCUGCAAAAGUGAAACCUUCAUUAAAUACAUCUAAGACUGUUCUUAAAGUUAAUUCUGGUUUGAAUGAAAAUGUAUCCAACAUUCCAAAAGCUAUCAUCAGACCUAAGACAGUUGGAUUGAUCAAGACUUAUAGAGGAACUUUGACCAGGAGUUCGUCACUUAAAAACAAAUCAGCUGUAUUGACAGAAUCUCAAAAGAAGGAACAAGAAUGGAUUACUGCUUGUAAAGUAGAUGCUGUUGACAAAAAUGAUGAAUUCGAUCCUUUUCUCGUUGGGGCAUACUCCAAACCUAUUUUUGCUUAUAUGAUGGUCUUGGAGAAUCAACAUUCCAUAAAACAAGAUUAUUUAGCCAACCACAAAUAUAUCACAUCAUCUAACCGUAGUGUUGUUGUUGACUGGCUUGUGGAAGUACAACAAGAAUUUCAAAUUAUGCAAGAAUCUCUUUAUACAGCUGUUGGAAUUCUUGACAGAUAUUUACAAGAAAACCAAAAUGUUGCUCGAAAUAAACUUCAAUUAAUUGGAGCUACAAGUCUACUGCUUGGCUGCAAGUAUGAAGAAAUAUACGUACCUGAGAUAACUGACUUUGUCUAUUUAUCAGACAAUGCUUUCACGAAGGAUGAAGUAAAAUCAAGUUUAGUGGAUGUCUUCAGAACUAUUAAUUUUUCACUUUCUAGACCUUUCUCCUUAACCUUUUUGCGAAGGUUUAGCAAAGUGUCAGGUGCACGAUCAUCCCAACAUUCUUUGGCUAAAUACUUUUUGGAAUUGGCAUUAAUUGACUAUAAUUUAGCACAUAUUAAGCCAUCUGAAAUAGCUGCAUCUGGCUUGUUGUUAGCAGUCGUCAUAACUAAUGAUCCUGAAUUAGAUGAUAACCCUGAAGAUGUCAAAUCAUUAUUAUCUUUAUAUUGGACAGAUGUAAUGCAAAAACACUCUACAUAUGAAAUGGAUGAAUUAAUAUCUACCGUUCAAUCGCUUGCACAUCUAGCUCUUAAUGCCCCUGAAUGGAAAUACAAGGCUGUUUACAAAAAAUACCAGAGUGCUAAGAUGGGAAGAAUCACAACAAGUUCCUUACUGAGUUCACCAGCUAUGAGGUUUAUUGCACGCAAAUGUUAAUUAAGUAUCUCCAGACCUAACUAUUUUUAACUUUUUAAAAUAUAUUUUGUUUUUAUCUUGAGUGGUUAUGCCGCCGUUUUUACAUUAGAUUUUUUCUUAUAAUUAUUACACUAACAUUAUUUUUUUUUUAAGUGAAAAAUGUGCGCAUUAACAAUGUUAGUACAAAUUAAUGUCUUUUUUUUAUUGAACAAAACAAAUAUACCUAUAAAUUAUAUAACUUAAGAAAAGUAUGUUUAGCUUGUUAUGUUUUUAAGUGUAUUUUGAUAUAUAACCAUUGUAUACAGUAACAAUUAUUAAAUCACACUUAAAUUUUAAUUUUACAAAAUUGAACAAAAGUAAUUUUGCUUUGAAGCGAUGAUAUAACAUACUUGUGUUGAUAUGUUCCAAUUUUAUAAAUUUUUUUUAUUUCUGUGGGCGUUAAUGAAUUAUUCUUAAAUUUAAGAUUUAUUAAAUUAUUUACACAGACAAUAGACUGAAAUAUUUUUGUUUUUAACACAGUUAAAUUUAUAAGAAAUAAAAAUAAUGUUAAUUCAAUUUAUACCGUUCUCAGUAUGAAAAUGCGCCUUACAAUUAUUGUCUCCUUUUGAAUUUAUCAUCAACGUGUGUUCUCUGCCAUUGCACAUCAUCAUUUAUUUAUUAAUAUAUAUUUUUCUUAUGUUUUCUAAAAGUAAUUGUAUUGUGUAAGUUAGUUUUAAUUUUUUUUUGUUUAAUAAAUAGUCUGUAAAACCAAA